CAUCACUCUAGAGACACGAGUUGUUACUGUCUCUCACACACAUUUACACUCUCACACACUGGGGUUAUGCCGUUCAACGUUGUGCUGGACGGACCCGCACCAUGGGGCUUUCGGCUUAUUGGAGGAAGCGACUUCAGCCAACCACUGACCAUCGCCAAGAUAUCCCCAGGAAGUAAAGCUUCAAGAGCCAACCUCUAUCCUGGAGACAUCAUCCUGGCAAUAGACGGAGUUGCUGCAGAAAACAUGAUGCACUGCGAGGCUCAGAACCUUAUCAAGGAUGCGACCUAUCAGCUCACACUCACUGUUGAGAGACCAGAGACCAAACUGUGGUCACCCAAAGUUACUGAAGAUUGCAAAACCAAUCCAUUUAAAAUUAACUUAGAAGCAGAGAAACAAGACUUCAGACCAAUAGGAACAGGCCACAAUCGCAAGGCAGUCCCCUUUGUGGCGGCAGCCAACAUUGAUGAUAAGCGACAGGUGGUGAGUCCAACCUACAACUCCCCUAUUGGCCUUUACUCUUCAGGCAAUAUCCAGGAUGCCUUACAAGGACAACUCAAGGGCCUCAUCCAUAACAAACCAGAGAGUCCCAGGACACUGACCAGUAUAGAGGAGUCAGAUGUAUAUCAGCUGCUGCAGAGAAAUCAGGAUGAGGAAGAGCCCCAUGAACCGCGACAGUCAGGAUCAUUUAAAGCCUUACAGAGCUUUAUCAACAGUGAGGGCUCACCUCCACUAGUGACGAGGAAGGUUCAUGCCCCUGUGAUCAAGCCCUCUGCUCCUGCGGGGAACUUACACAAGCUUCCAAUGUGUGAUAAAUGUGGUAACGGCAUAAUUGGGACAGUUGUGAAGGUUCAGGACAAGUAUCGUCACCCAGACUGUUUUGUGUGUGCAGACUGUGAGGAAAACCUCAAGCAGAAAGGUUAUUACUUCAUAGACCAUGAGCUGUACUGUGAAACUCACGCUCGUGCAUGGAUGAAACCUCCUGAGGUUCCAGACCUUUGAACUUCUCACAGAUCUUCUGUUUACACUAGGGCACCUUCUGGAUCAACCACUCCUGAGUGCAUGGACAUCUGUUUUGUUUGUUUGUUUCUUCUUUUUUUAACACAGACACUUUUCAUCACAAAUCAUGCAUAAUCACAUCAACCAGAUACUGAAAGACACAGGGGUUUAUGAAUAGUGCUUUAGCUGAUUGUUUGUCAUGAGUGGGAUGCAGUGUUUUGCACUUACAGUAGGCUACUUCAUAGCAAUAGGGUGUGUUGACUGAAAUAAAUUUUUCUGAAUAAAGGUUUUGAUUUUGAAGUAUCAUGAUAUUUAAUAUAUGCUCUCUUAUUUUGAGUGCUUGAACGGGGAAGGGAGCCUUUCAUUAUAUGAUACAUAAAUGUCCUAUAAGUCUCUUUG